AGUGGUUGGAGCCGGGAGUCGCCCACAACAGGAGUGAAAAACCCGCCUACCCCGUCUCGCCAGGCGCGGCAUUUACAAGUUUUUUCCUCAAGAGUGCUGCCCGCCCCGCCAAUCCGGGCCCUGCGGGGCUGGGGGGCUCCGGCAGCGGCUUUAAAAGCGGAGCCCUUUGUGCGCCGGAGCCCGCCGGAGCCCCGCACCGGCAGCUGCCGGGGCCGGACCGGGAUGUGCCGUGCCGUGCCGUGCCGUGCCGUGCCGUGCCGUGCCGUGCCGUGCCGUGCCGUGCCGUGCCGUGCCGUGCCGUGCCGUCGGCAGCCGCCGCCGCCGCCGCCGGGAGGAGCCCUGGACCUCGCUGCACCGGGACCCGAGCAUCCCCCUCGGCAGUCCUACAGCUCAGCUACCAGCUUUAGGGGGACACCAAACUGGCCUGGGAUGUCCCUGCAGCUGCCUUGUCACCAAGUAGUACCACGAAGAGUGGCCGCAAGCAGCGACUGCAGCCGUGCUCUGUCCCCAGCCAGCGCUGCUGAGGCGGGACCUGCCUGCAUCCCUCCAGCCCCCAGCUCAGCCCUGCCCCACCUCUGCAUUUUGGCGAAAGCUCUGCUGCAGUCCCAAAGCUGUGCCGUGUCCUUGGAAGCAGAAAGGUUUCCUCCUGGGGUGAGCAGUGGUGGCUGGAGCCGGCUAACAGCACCACAGGCACUGGAUGUGGGCUGGCAUUUCCCAUCCUUGUCCCUGACUCCCCACCCCCUGCACUGGGCUUGGGAGGGGAUGCACUGGUGGCUCAAGCUGGAGCUGGGAGACUGGGGAGUGGGUUCGGGGUCCUUCCAUGUAAGGCUUCAUAACAGCCUCGAGUCACAGUGGGACUGCUGCAGGGCCCGGAUGGAGGGGACUCCCCUUUGCCCUGGAAAAGUGGCACUGGCUGCAAGCAUGAAAUGUCUAAGGAUGUGGUCCUGCCCCUUGGCAGCAGCAGAGGAUGAUGUCCUUGCCCAGGAGUGCCAGAGAAACACCACAGCCCCACACAUCCCCCUCACAGGAGGGACAUGGGAGUGACAGCUCUGAGUGACAGCCACCACCAAGCACAGCAGUGUGGCCAGCUCGGCAGCAUGCCUCUUUCCUGCAGACCAAGCCACAGGUGAGUGGGAUGUCACCUACCAAACACUGGGGAGCAGAGCCCAGACCUCAAAGCAGUCUCUGCUAUGGUGGGAGGGGACAAGCCUGGCCAGAGCCUGGCAUGGCAUGGGGAAAAAAAUUAGUCACAGCAGCUGAAGGUCCCCAUUACCACACACUCUGCCCCAGUGCCUGCUGGAAGUUCCCUGACAGCCAGAUUUCCUCUGGCACAGGCGAAGCACUGGGGGUAAAUGCCCUUGUGCCAGGAAGAUGGGAAUCCCAGCAGGAUGGGAUGUGAACAGCCCCCAGGCUGUUACCUGCAGCAGAAAUGCCCUGUAAUGAUCCUGAAAGCACCUUUGGGUGACAGAGGCCAGGUGCCUGUGACACAGACUGGCAAAACUGUUGCUCCAGUGGGACACAGUAACUGGUUUUGCUCCUCCAGUAUGGUGCAAAGGCUGAUUCCCUCUGCCCCUCUCUGGGUCCUGGCUCCUGCUGCUGCCAUUUGUCCCUGUGCCCUCUUUCCCAGCUGCCUUCCCGUGCUGCAGGGAGGCAGAGUACAGAUGAAAAUAGACCUACUGCGUCCCCCCUUCCUGCCUGUUUGCUUCCUCCCCUCCUGGCUUUGCCUUUCAGUACAGCUUCCCAGGAAAAUAAAGGUCACACCCUUACACUUUGCCUAUAUAUACACACACAAACACACACACACAAACACUCACACACACACACACACACACAAACA